GUCGCCCGUUCAUGACGUGAUACUUACUGUCGGAUUUUAGUGACGAAACUCUGUGAAGUUGGAGGUUCCAAGGACUGCUAAUAGUUGAAUUUUUCUCUGGAUAAAACAUAGGUCGGUUGGCUACAUUAUUAAGCAAUGAACUGGAACAAAGGUGGUCCAGGUGCUAAGAGGGGGUUUGGAUUUGGAGGAUUCAGCUUAGGGUCGGGAAAGAAGGAGGAGCCCCGCCUUUCGCGGCCCUCACACUCUUCAUUUGGUGCCGCCGGCUCGACUGGAGGAUACGGCAAAAACCAGCAGCUACCCGCCUUUUAUAAGAUCGGCACCAAAAGGUCCAAUUUUGACGAGGAAAACGCGUAUUUUGAAGAUGACGAGGAAGAGUCUGGCAAUGUUGACCUGCCUUAUAUCCCUGCGGAGAACUCUCCAACACGAAAACAGUUUAAUUCCCAGGACAGGGACUCUGACAGUGAGGAAGACCCACUAGAUGCCUUCAUGGCAGAAGUGGAGGACCAAGCAUCAAAAGACUUAAGAAAACUGGAAGACAAGGAAAAAGAGAAAAAGCCUGAUAAGGGUAUACGUGAUGACAUUGAAGAAGAAGAUGAUCAAGAAGCCUAUUUCCGAUACAUGGCGGAGAACCCCACUGCCGGCUUGACCCAAGAAGAGGAGGAGGAAAACAUAGAUUAUGACAGUGACGGCAAUCCAAUCCCUUCUACCACCAAGAAGAUCAUUAUGCCCCUCCCACCCAUUGACCACUCGGAGAUCGACUACCCACCCUUUGAGAAGAACUUCUACAAUGAGCAUGAGGAGCUGAGCACCUUAACGGGCAUCCAGGUGGUGGAGCUAAGGCAAAAGCUGAACUUGCGGGUGUCUGGAGCUGCCCCCCCGAAGCCCGGCACCAGCUUUGCUCACUUUGGCUUUGACGAACAGCUGAUGCACCAGAUCCGCAAAUCGGAGUACACGCAGCCGACGCCCAUCCAGUGCCAGGGGGUGCCCAUUGCCCUGAGUGGCCGUGACAUGAUUGGCAUCGCCAAGACAGGCAGCGGGAAGACGGCCGCCUUCAUCUGGCCCAUGCUAGUGCAUAUCAUGGACCAGAAAGAGUUGCAGUCUGGAGAGGGCCCCAUCGCCAUCAUUGUGUGCCCCACCAGGGAGCUUUGUCAGCAGAUACACGCAGAAUGCAAGCGCUUCGGGAAGGCCUACAAUCUUCGCUCAGUGGCUGUGUACGGCGGCGGCAGCAUGUGGGAACAGGCCAAAGCACUGCAGGAAGGCGCCGAGAUUGUGGUCUGCACCCCAGGACGCCUGAUCGACCACGUGAAGAAGAAGGCGACAUCCCUGCAGAGGGUGACCUACCUGGUCUUUGAUGAGGCAGACCGCAUGUUUGACAUGGGCUUCGAGUAUCAGGUGAGGUCCAUUGCAAGUCACGUGCGCCCCGACAGACAGACCCUUCUCUUCAGUGCCACCUUCCGGAAAAAGAUCGAGAGGUUGGCGCGGGACAUACUGGUGGACCCUAUCCGUGUGGUGCAGGGUGACAUUGGCGAGGCCAACGAGGAUGUGACCCAGCUGGUAGAGGUUAUGCCCAGCGGCCUGGACAAGUGGGGCUGGCUGACAAGGCGCCUGGUGGAGUUCACCUCCUCCGGAUCUGUGCUCAUCUUCGUCACCAAGAAAGCCAAUUGUGAGGAGCUGGCCACCAACCUGAGCCAGGAGGGCUACAGCCUGGGCCUGCUGCAUGGAGACAUGGACCAGAGCGAGAGGAACAAGGUCAUCGCUGAUUUUAAGAAGAAGAGUCUGCCCGUGCUGGUGGCCACAGAUGUUGCGGCCCGUGGCUUGGACAUCCCAUCCAUCCGCACCGUUGUCAAUUACGACGUGGCUCGUGACAUCGACACACACACUCACCGAAUCGGCCGCACGGGUCGUGCAGGGGAGAAAGGAGUGGCCUACACCCUGCUUACCCACAAGGAUACUUCCUUUGCUGGCGACCUUGUGCGCAAUCUCGAAGGAGCCAAUCAGAAUGUUUCCAAAGAACUCAUGGAUCUUGCGAUGCAGAAUCCCUGGUUCAGGAAGUCCCGCUUUAAGGGAGGCAAGGGGAAAAAGCUGAACAUUGGCGGAGGUGGCCUGGGCUACAGGGAGAGGCCCGGCCUGGGGGCCGACACAUCGGAGCGUGGGGUCGCAGCCAGUGGCUCCUCCCUCUGUAACUACGAGACCUACAAACCAUCCUCGGGGGCCAUGGGGGACCGCAUGUCGGCACUGAAACAGGCCUUUCAGGCUCAGUAUAAGAAUCAUUUUGUGGCCGCAUCCGGUUUGCCACCCAAGCUGACUAACACCAACUCCAGCAGCUCAUCAGGCUGGACUAGUGCCGGCAGCCUGAGCUCCGUGCCCACAGAGGAACCCCAGGACAGCGGCCGGUCCCGGGGAGGCUCCUCCUCUCAGGGCAUGGGACCUCCCCCACCGUCCCACAGCUUGGGCACGAAGAUGCUGGGCUUCACCAGCGGUGGCUCCCUGAGCUCCCUGUCAGAAAGCCGGUCUGAGCGCAGUGAGCGGCACGGCGGGGAUCGCUAUGGAGAUCGAUAUGGUGAUCAAGAUCGCUACAGUGGUGGGCGCCAUGGGGACAGUAGUAACGGACAGGGGAGGGCCGACAGGAAUGGGGGGGACAAACCGGGGGAUGACGGCAGAGGUGAGAAGGCUGAAAGAAGCUUCUCCAUCACGGAUCCUCCGAAGCGCAAGAAGAGUCGCUGGGACAACUGAAGCAUUGGUGUAUCAGCUCCCGUAAAAUGAGGCAGAUCCUUAGGAGGCCAGCCAGCCUGCGUAUUCUUCUGUUCUUUUUUGUUUAGCGGCCAAACGAAGCAGCAUGUUCCCACAUGGUGAUGGUCAGGGUGGUCCCCAGAAAGCGCCUAGGGAAAACACCCCCACCCAGCUUAUUUCAGCUCCACACAGGUAACUGAUGUCAGCCCGGGGUGUGGACACAUCAGAAGUGACUAUUUGUUUUUCAAGCCUGCUUGUUUCCGUGAAUGUUGUUGCCCUUAGCGUGGGAGAUGGGAGGCUUCCAGCUGUUUCGUAACCCUUUUUUUUGUGCUCAUUUUACUCCAAAUGGGAUCUGAAAGUGGAAGUGUAUAGUAGUGGGUUUGUGAAUGUGAACAGACCAUGGCAUUUCUCUGUAAAUGUGAUGCCUGUUUCUGCAGCUCUGAUGCAUUUUCUGCUGAGGGUAGUGACGGGGGGUGACUAUGUCACAAUUUCUCCAGUUUUGUAUAAGGUGACUAAUGAAGUCUUUGACUCUCCAUUCUUCUGUGUACAGGCUUUCAGUAUGUGUUUAAAGGUUAUUAGCUCUUUCCUCAUGUUGUGAGAUUAGUGCUUAAUUGAACGUGGUUUCAAACAAAGCUUGUUUUCUUAUUUUUUAGCCAUUAGUUGCGUCUGUUUAUUGGUCUAUGAUGGAUAAGACCAAAGGUCAGCUGUUUUAAUUGGCAUCAAAUCAGACGAUGUAAAACAGAGCAUUACUUUGGGUAUGUGCUGGCUUGUAAUUUUUUUUUCCUCCCACUCUCACCUCUUUUCUGUUGUAGGUAACAAAUACUGUUUUUCAAAAAAAAAAAAAAAACAUUUUGCUGUUCAUUGUCAUUUGGUUUUUAAAUAAACAGAGUGGUUUUGAAGACCU